GUGGUAAUUAUGUUCCACCAGCUGAAGGAUCCAGCUGUGAAUGGCAGCUGCCUCGAACCCUCGUCAGCCUGCAACACGAGCGCUGAUGGUCACGCACUCCAGCUGCCCACUUUCACCACCGCGGCCAAAGUCAGAGUAAUCAUCACUUUCACUUUGUGCGCAGUGUCAGCUGUGUGCAACUUGGUCGUGCUGUGGGCUUCCUUUAACGGAGGCAAGCGCAAGUCGCACGUCAGGAUCCUGAUAAUGAACCUGACGGUGGCGGACCUGCUGGUGACUUUCAUCGUGAUGCCUGUGGACGCGGUGUGGAACAUCACUGUGCAGUGGCAGGCGGGAGAUUUCCUCUGCAGGCUGCUGAUGUUCAUGAAACUGGUGGCGAUGUACUCCUGCGCCUUUGUAACUGUUGUCAUUAGCUUGGAUAGACAGUCUGCCAUUCUCAAUCCUUUGGGCAUCAGUGAGGCGAAAAGGAAAAGCAAAAUCAUGUUGACUGUGGCCUGGACGAUGAGUGUAAUCCUCUCGCUCCCUCAGAUGUUUAUUUUUCACCAAGUGACCAUCACAGUCCCGGAGAAUUUCACCCAGUGCACCACCCACGGCAGCUUUGUCCAGCACUGGCAGGAGACCCUCUACAACAUUUUCAACUUUGUGUGCCUCUUCCUCCUGCCUCUGGUCAUCAUGAUCUUCUGUUACACACGAAUCCUCAUCGAGAUAUCCAGCCGCAUGGCCCAAAAUAACUCGUUGUCUAGAGAUAUGCAUCUCCGCCGCUCCCACAACAACAUCCCCAAGGCUCGGAUGAGGACUCUUAAGAUGAGCAUCGUCAUUGUGACUUCAUUCAUCGUCUGCUGGACCCCGUACUACAUGUUAGGCCUGUGGUAUUGGUUAUUUCCUGAUAAAAUGGAGGAAAUGGUUUCUCAUUCAAUGACUCAUAUGCUGUUUAUCUUUGGUCUCUUCAACGCCUGUCUGGACCCAAUCACGUAUGGUCUCUUCACCAUUCAUCUUCACCAGGGUCUUAAAAGAUGUUGUCCAACUUUCACCAAACGGACUGAAUUGGAAAACCACACUUGCCUUGUACAAAUGAAUCGCCUGAUGGUCUCUAGUAGUCACAAUACAGACACUGAAGGAAACCACAGCAUAAAAAGGCCAAUCAUCCCAGUAAGCAAGAUCUAA